GUCCCACAAGUCCUAUAAUACCAAGCACAACAUGUUUUACCUUCAAUGAAAGCUGAGACGGGGGGACGGUUGACUGCUGCCCUGAAAUCAGUUCAUUGCUUGGGUGCAAAACCAAAUGCGUCGCUUUUUUAGCAGCCUACUUCUGCCGCAUCUGUUGCACCUUCUCCAGCGCUCCAAUACUGUUAUCAUUGACUGACUUUAACAGCCCUGAGAGACAAUUUGGAUAACGCUCUCAUUUUCCCACCUCCCUCUCUUGCUGUGCCUGGUGUCAAAGGUGAUGGUAUCAUUUUCUAAGAGAGGACUCCUCAGGUGAUGGUAUGUUUUUCCGGAGGUAGAGACCACAUUUGGAAACUUGCUAGACUUUCCACAAAUAGUUAUCUUUUCUGCUUCUACCUUCACUUUUGCUCGAGCAUGGCUCUUUACUCUCGAUUCGUGGUCGUGCUGCUCUACGGAUGGAGUUAUCUGUGCGUUGGAUACUGCGCGAUGCUGAAAACAGACAGUUUCUCAGACAAACGAAAGGUGGAUUUUACGCAUUCAGAGGAUAAAAAGCACCCUGCGAAAGACGACCAGGAUCUGCUUUUACAGGAUACAAUGACGGAACACAUGCAGAUGCUUUACGCGAAGUACAACCGGGCUGGAUUUCCCUUCAAGGACGGCAACACUGUCCGCAGUUUCAAAGCGCAAUGGGGUACGAUAAACAACAAGCAGCUGCAGAUUUUCAACCUCACCGCCCUCACCAAAUCGGAAGACGUUUUGUCUGCCACUCUUCAUUACUACAUCGGAGACCUUCAGAACAGAACCCAGGGCUGCUCCAGGUCCAAAAGCUGUGGUCGCCAUGGCCCCCGGAGGCACAACCACAUCCACAUGGUCAUAUGGAGCUUUGCCUCUGUGGAUAACGAGAUAAGGACUCUUGGACACUUCCGGAUUAACGUGUCCACCCUCUACAGGGACUUCAUAUCCUGGCAGUGGAAGGACAUAACUCGUGUGGUCAACCAGGCCAAACACCACGACGAGCUGCUCAUAGGGAUCGAUGUGACUUCACAAGGGCCCCAGCAGUGGAAGAAGCUCCUGUCUGACCGCUCGCCCUACAUCUUGGUUUACGCCAAUGACUCUGCCAUUUCAGAACCUGAAAGUGUGGUAGCCACCCUCCAGAGACACCACUCGGUGGGAGGAGAGGGCUCCAUUUCCCAAUUGGGACUGCGUGAGCGAAACACCACUGAACAAGAACAACCGCAGGCCAGAAACAAGCGCUCAGUGAAUGUUCUGCUCCCGUUGCAGAACAAUGAACUUCCCGGGCCCGAGUAUCCGUACGAGACGACCGGGUGGGAUGAGACGAGUCCGUACGAAACUUUUGAAAACAAGCAGGCCCGUCGCCCACGUAAAAAGACACGCAAGAACCAGCGGCACAAGAUGCCUCUGCUUCAGUUCGACGAGCAAACGAUUAAAAAGGCUCGAAAGAAGCAGUGGAACGAGCCUAGAAACUGUGCUCGGAGAUACCUGAAAGUGGACUUUGCUGACAUUGGAUGGAGUGAAUGGAUUAUAUCACCAAAGUCGUUUGAUGCCUACUACUGCUCAGGGUCUUGCCAGUUCCCCAUGCCAAAGGCUCUGAAGCCCUCUAACCAUGCCACCAUCCAGAGCAUAGUGCGGGCGGUGGGCGUCGUCCCCGGCAUCCCCGAGCCAUGCUGUGUCCCAGAGAAGAUGUCUUCUCUCAGCAUCCUCUUCUUCGAUGAAGACAAGAACGUGGUGCUGAAAGUGUACCCCAACAUGACUGUAGAUUCUUGUGCCUGUAGAUAGUUUAUUCCCCCCCCCCGCUUAAACGCCUGUUCAUAAAAAAACUCAGCAAAGGAAAAAAAUGCAGCCAAAACGACACACUCUCCUCCUGUUCCCUCAGUCUUACUUUCCUUCACUUCCAAACCCCCCUUUGAACCCAACUUCCGUUUUGCACUGGAGGAGAGUCGCGCCUGUUGUUCCAGGUGAAGAGGAGACUGUUGAUGGGAAGGAAUGGAUCCUGUGAGUUGUCCUCGUGGUAGAUAACUGGAAUGGAAAUUCAAAUCUCCAUGCUCCCAUUUCACCACUUUAUGUCUUUACCAUCGCUGCUCAACUAUCCGUCAGGCGAUGAAUGAAUCACAAACUCAGUAUCAAGCUAUGCAAAUGGUGAUCGAGGCUUAAUAGAGGCAAGAACUGAAGGAAAAGUCUAUUUUCAGUUCAAACUGAUGCCUCUGUUGUGGAUCAUUCUCAUCUUUCUCUCCUUUACAGCUUGAAGUUGUCAUUACCACCAAGUCUAUGCUCGCACUUGCAUGGUUUUUGUUACUAUUUGUAUCUAUUUAUGUCUGUACUAUCACUGUGUUAUUCACUAUAUGAGAAGUUAUUGUAUAAUUAUUGGCUUGGCUGCUAUAGAGAGAUAUAUUAGAUUCCAAAGCCAGUGAUGUAGACGGUACAGUAGAUAGCCGUACAUAUUUGUGUUUAGCUCCGUUGUUGUACAGAACCCACAUUUUUAAGAGUUUAUUAUAUUCGGAAGUGUAAGCUACUUUCAUUCGUGGUCUUUGUUAACAGUUGGAAUUGGGGAGUUUUAUUAUUGGUUCGCCAAGAAAAGGUUUUACAAGCAAAUUAUUUUCAAAAAUAUAAAGGGAUACAGUAUAUCAAAAGGAUAAACAUUGAACAAGGGAUGUCAUUGUGUGUUUUUCACAAGUGUAAAACCACAGGACUCAAUGCUCAGAAAGAAGAGUUGUAAAAUCUUGGCAGACAUAAGGGAUUAAUAAAAAAAGGUACAUUUGAAUCUUAGACUAUUUGUUGUUGGUAUUCAGUUUAGAACAAUAUGCCAGUGCAUUAUUUUUAAAAAGUAUUUACAGAUUAGGAUAACAUUUAUGAAAAAAACGUUCAUAAACUACCAGAAACUACGUUUGCUGACCCAUGCAAGCGCGCUACAACGGCCCUAUACACUUACACUAUUAGAAAACGAGCUGCACUUUCAAAAAAUAUACAAAUAAAAAAUCACAAAUAUGCCAAAAGACGUGCAAAUGAAUUUGUUGAGCUUCUUGCAGCGUUUUAAUAUAUACAGCGUUAAGUCGGUGAAGAUGUUUCUUCAUUUGCAUGUGUUUUAGCACAUUUGUGUUUUUUUAUAUGCAUAAUAUUUUGAUCUUUCAGUGGAUGGAAGUGUUUUGGGCCGUUAUAACGCAUCUGCACCCGUCGGCCACCGUAAGGAUCCUUCUAGGAAAAUCAAUUUAUAAAUAAAAAAAGUCUGUAUCAAGUCAAUACACUCCGCUGAACUUAAGGCUCCUUAUUUAUGGCUUGGGGUUAGAUUUUGACCAAUAGUCAUUGAAAAUGUCACUUACAAGUUUGAGAUAUCAUUGUUUUUUCUGCUACCAAAAAAUUGAAGUGAUCCUGUUUCUGCUAAUUAAAAAGUAAAGAUGACUAUAAAUACAAAUGAUGAGUAAUACUUAUAAUAUAUUGAAAGAUCAAGAAGAUCUGAUCUAUAUCUUUCUUGGUAGCAUAAGCCUUUAAUAUUACUGUAUGGAGCAGGUUUAUAUAAAUCAUUAAGGGGGGUCUUUUUCGAUCACAUGUACUUUGCUUCAGGUCAGCAUUUGAAACGAAGAGCAGUUACUGUGUCAUAAUGUUGUGAAUUAUCAUCAAAGUCCAUAAAACCAAAUAUUUAUUCAGAGCAAAUAGACUGAAAUAUAGCAGCAAACCUUUUUUUCUAUAGACUUGUACAUUGUUUUUGUAUAUAGCUCACAAUAUGAGGAUGAUAUUCCAAUGUGUCUUUGAGAUAGAAGUGCCUUUUGAAUGGGUGGAUUCCUGUUUUCAAAGAGUUUGAUUUGAUUCAUGGCCUUUUCAGAGCUCAGUCUGUAAUGACGCUGAAGUCAAAGCAAGCAGCCUGGAAUAGUUAUUUUUGAUGGUACAGAAUACAAUGGGUGAACAUAGUGCAUAUUCUUUUGAAAAGUAUGAAUUAGAAUUUAUUCCAAAAUGUAUUACAAUAAAUUCACUAUUUUGAUAUUUCAGAGACAUUUAUUUUGUGUCAGGCAGAUUUGUUAACCUUAUAUAUUUUGUAAUGAUGCUUUUUCCAGUUUGUGCUUCUUCAUCUUGUUCCAAUACAGAUUUUAUCAAGGUGUGUUAGAAUCAAAUGGCUUCCACUGGUUGUGCCAGUAUAACAUUGCAGACUGCUGACAAGUCGUUUUCGGGGCCUUUCUUUUUACGUAUUUGAACCCGUUUCUAAAUCUCACUAAUGUAUUUUGGAGUACAAAUAUCGAAGACCCUUAUAUAACGUACAUAUCAGCAGUUUAUAAAAGCUUGCUCACUGUUCAACACUAUCUUGUAAAUGUUAUGCUGUAGGUAAAAAAAUAAAUGCUUGUACAAUAAGCUUCAUAAAAUAUAUUUGUAUAUGGAAAAGACCUUUAACAUGCAUCUAUUUAUUUUCUGUAUGUUGCAUAUCUUGUACAAGUGUGGCCUGGCCCAAGGCACAAACGCUCUGAUAUGUCGAUGGUCUUUAUAUCUGUGAUGGACAUCUGUCACCAAUAAAGUGUGGUGAACCGCUUUAUAGGUCCCCCAUCUGCGCUCUGACCAUCCUUACAAAGCAUUCAAAGACAUGAAUAAAAGUAUGCAAGACUCAGAUUUAUCAUCAAUUUUUUAUUUUGGUUUUCAAACAUGAUUUGGAAGGUAGUCGCACAAAACAAUGCACAAUUAAAAAAUUAAAAAAUUGUAGUUUAUUUUUCACUCCUAUUUUACCAUUCUGCAAUAUUUCUCAAUUCACUAGCAACAUUAAGGAGCGUGCUCAAUAAUGGCCUUGGCUAGCCUUAUACCAUUGAAUUGCUACCCAAAAACCUCAUUUAUUUUCAAAAUAAAGUCAGACAUGAGUUCCCCAUAUAGUGGUGCAGUGACAUAUCAAGACAUCAACACCACUUUUAAGAUUUUUGAAGCCUAAAUGCAUUCACCAGUAUUAAAAUGCUAACAAUACUAUCAAAUAACUACAUCAGGGUCACAUGACUGCGUGUCACCAGCGCUAAACUAAAGGCUAACUCAUGUUCUGAUUGACAAUGUUUUGUAUUCUUAUUUAGAAACUUGUUAGCAUCCGCCAUUUUUGGGACACAGAAGUUUUUUUUUUUUCAUUUUCAAAAACAAUUGAGAGGACGUGUUCGUCCACCACUUUAGUUUUGGCUGUUUCACCGGUUGUAGAUUCAGAGCUUUGUGGGAAGGUUUCAAAAUGUGUACAUCAUUUUUUGCUAAAGCUAGCACUGGAAAUUACCAUUAGAAAAAAUGUAUUGAUGACAUUAGGGCUGUACCGAACAGCUUUGAACCUUCACUUAUUUGCGUUCGAUAUCCAUAUCAGCAUGUUGAUGUUGCAGGGAUUUGUAUUGUUUUUUAGUCAAUUCAUUGUGUUUGCGUCUUGUAUUCCUGCAGAUAAAUAUAAGCCUAUACAAUGGUUGCAGAACUAGAUUCCAGUGGUGUCUGCGAGAGGAUUGUUCACAACUCGUGUGAUACAAAGUUUUCCAAUAACUGUCAAGUGGAAAUGUAUUGAAAGAUACUGUCUAACUAAAUAUUCUGCUUCAACCCAUAUUUGUUGGUUCUAUCGCAAAGAAACCAAAAUGUUUUAUUAUUUCUCUCGCACUCGAACCACACAAAGACUGACACGCACUGAUUAGUUAUUUCCAUUAAAUAUUUAUUUAUUAUUAACCGUGGUGUUUUAAGUGAUAAGACAUACGGAGCUUCAUUCUAACACCCUAAAUAGAACUUUCACAUUAUAAAAAUGACAUUCGGUUUGGCUAUUGCAAAACAAAACAUAACAUAACUUUCUGCCAAACAUACAUUUGCUUACAUUAACAUGACGUCAUGAUUAUUUAGGUGAUCUGAAUACAAAUAUAAUUUGAUUGUCAGGCCUUGAACUGCAACAAUUAUUAAUGUCAUUACAAACCUCUUUGUUUGACAAGUCAAAAUGUCCUCAGUGAGAAAAGAUCUGCAACUAUUGGUAUUACACUUAAAAAAAAAA